AUGAUUAAUAAUAGUAAAAUAAAUCAUUAUUCAGAAGAUGUGAAAAAUAAUUUGCCUAAAGUAAAUGUAAAAAAAUUAUUAAAUGAAUCUUCUCCACUCAAACCCUUUUCUGAAACUGAAAAAUUAUGGGCUACAAGUGCUUAUUCAAAUGGUACAGUGUUUCAAAAUGAAUCAAUUAAAAAAUCGAAACCGACAGAAUCCUCUGUAAUAAUGUUUCCAGGGCAAGGCUCACAAUUUGUGGGUAUGGCCAGAAAAUUUCAAGACAUGCCUCUUGCUGUUCAAAUGUUUAAUGCUGCUAGUGAAAUAUUAGGUUAUAAUCUAUUAAAACUUUGUAAUAUGGGACCUGAAGAAAAAUUAAAUCAAACAAAAUAUUGUCAACCUGCAAUUUUAGUUUCUUCUUUAGCAGCUCUUGAAAUGCUUAAGGAUCAAAAACCUUGGGCAAUUGAAAACUGUACAGGAACUUGUGGUUUUAGUUUAGGAGAACUUGCAUCCCUUGUUUUCGCAGGUUCCAUUACUUUUGAAAAAGCUAUAAUUCUUGUAAAAUUAAGAGCUGAAGCUAUGGAAGAAUGUUGUCAAAUGACACCUGGAGGCAUGGUCACUGUUUUAUAUGGUCCAGGUUCUGAUUUAUCCAAAGCAAUGUCAGAUGCUAAAGAUCAUUGUAGAGCCAAAGGGAUUUCAGAUCCUGUAUGUUCGACAGCAAUAUUUCUUUUUCCCGGUUGUAAAGUCAUUGCAGGACAUGACGAAGCUUUAAAAUAUCUCUUUGAAAAUGGAAGAAAAUAUAAACUAAGAAAACUAUCAAGAUUACCAGUUGCAGGAGCUUUCCAUACAGAUUUAAUGACAGAAGCUUCGAAUGUAGUUAAAAAAUCGAUUAAAAAUUUAAAUCCUAAUUAUCCGUUAGUUAAAAUUUAUUCAAACGUAACUGGAAAACCAUUAUUAAAUCCGAUGGAUAUUAAAAAUAAAAUAUCAUUACAAAUAAAUCAUCCUAUCAAAUGGGAACAAGCAAUGCAUAACAUAUUUGAAUUACCUGAUGGCAAAUCAAAUUUUCCCUACUCAUAUGAAUGUGGACCUGGAAACUCAUUAUUUACAGUUUUAAAAAAAAUAAAUGCCAAAGCUUCAGAAUUUUGUUCUUCCGUUCAAUUAUAA